CUGGUUUUCCUUUGUCUCAGAAUUCAGUUGCUUGCUCGAUCUUUCUCUGUCUCCAAGCAUGAUACUUGACUUUGUCACCGACUUCAUCCUCCCCCGUAUUAUAGAUGGGUUGGCUGACGAAGUGAUUUCACGUGCUUCUAGAUGGUGGACAGCUUCAAAUUCUUCUGAUCACGAGGCGCAGCUGACGAACCUUAGAGACUCCCUCAAGAUUAUCCAGUCUAUGAUCAAUGAUGCAGAGCAAAAACAGGGAAAAGAAAGUGAUGACCCUGUAAGGCUUUGGUUACAACAACUCCAAAGACUAGCUUAUGACGUUGAGGAUGUGCUGGAUGAGUGUGAUUAUGAGCAUCUUCGCUGCCGUGUUGAGACUCUUGGGGAGAAGAAGAGGAAAAAGAGUUCAUUCACUUCUGAUAUUGUUGACAAAAUAAAAGAUAUUAAUAUGCGCUUUGAUGAAUUAAAGGAGCGCGCACGUGUACUUAAUCUGGAGUCACGUGAAUUUCAUCCAACAGCCACGCAAUUACCCAAGACAGACUCCCUGCUUGGUGAUUCAAAAGUUUUUGGAAGGGGAGAUGAUGUUGAGAGAAUUCUUGACAUGCUGGAUGACUUGAGGGAGAAACAGUAUCUAGUGUCUGGCGUUUCAAUAGUUGGCAUGGGGGGCCUUGGGAAGACAACAGUAGCAAGAUCAAUAUACAAGAAGGCAGAGGAAGAAAAGCGCUAUGAUCUAGUAGCCUGGGUGUGUGUCUCUGUCGACGACUUCAAUGAGGAAACAAUUUUGAAAGAGAUGCAUGAACAUUUUAUUAAGGGUGGUGUCCCUCCAAGCAGCAUCAAUGUACUGGUUAAAGAUCUUGCAAAGGAGUUAGAGAAGAAGACUUUUCUUCUCGUUCUUGAUGACGUGUGGAACAAAGAUCAAUCGAGGGGUAGCAUCUAUGAUGAUGAAGAUGAAUCUUAUGCAGAAUUCUAUGCAAAUUCAUGAAAUGCAUAAGUUGUCAGAUGAUGACUGCUGGUUAAUAAUUGAAGAGGCAAUUCUCACUUCAUCCAAACAAACUUCAAUUUCUUCGAAUUUGAAAAAUAUUGGGGUGGAAAUUGCCAAGAAGUGUGGGGGCUUGCCAUUGGCUGCUACUAUUAUUGGAGGAACAUUGAGUCGUGAAAGUCAAACAAGUGAGUGGGAAGCUAUCAGAGAUAAUGAUGCAUGGAAUUCAAAUUUAGAAGAUGGGAACGGGAUUUUAUCUAUACUAAAAAUAAGUUUUGAUCGUUUGCUUCCACCUUUGAAGAAAUGCUUCUCCUAUUGUUCAAUAUUUCCAAAGGAUUUCAUCAUUGAAAAGGAUGAUUUAGUUCAACUUUGGAUGGCUCAAGGAUAUCUUCACCAAC